AUCACGCUGGGUAACAAGAAAAGUCGGCCAAUAGUUAUACCACCAGAUAAGGCGAUGGAGCAAUAUAUAGCGGCCCGUUAUGACGAAGAAGUUCAUGCGACCUCAAUGCGCGCGAUCCGAGCUCGGAACACUAAAUUACAAACGGAGAGUAAACGUGUAAAAUUCUUCGACUUCAAGGGACUAAUGGCGCCUGUCUUCACUGCCUUCAAAAAUAAUGAAGAACAAUCGUUGGAAGUCCAGCAUAUCGAUCGUUACGCGGAAUGGCUGAAAAGUAGUCGUAUAAGUGGUGUUUUAGUUAAUGGCAUGUCGGGUGAGGGUCCCGCCUUGGGUUUGUCGGAGCGCAUGCGGAAUGCCGAGGCUUGGUGGGAAGCGGCACAAAAAUACGAAUUGGUUAUGUUUCUGCAAGUCGGCGGCGCGCCCUUGCCCGAUGUACUAGUAAUGGCCGAUCAUGCGCAUGACUUGGGCGUACAUGCGGUGCUCUGCCUACCCGAGCUCUUCUACAAGCCCACCACAAUCGAACAGCUAGUCAGCUAUAUGCGGUUGGUGGCUCGACGUUGUGCCGCACUGCCGUUCUUCUACUAUCAUUUACCGCUGAGCACGGGCGUCUACCUUAACAUGCGCGACUUUUGCAAACUGGCCGAAGAGACCAUACCGAAUUUCUAUGGCAUACAUUUUGCCAGCAACGAUCUCGACGAUGGCGAGGCGUGUUUGCGUGAAGGGCGCGUAAUUAUAUUGGGCAACAGUCGUCUGCUGGCCUGCGGCUUAUUGGUGGGUUUCGAAUCGGCUUUGAUGACAGUCUUAAAUAUACGCCCCGACUUGGGUUGGGCCAUUUGGAAUGCGAUGUUGAAUAAUAAUUUGGAGACGGCACGGGACACGCAAAUGCUUUUGAAUAACAAGAUAAGCUACUAUAUGGGACGUUCCAACGAGCAUGGUUACAUAGAGGCGAUGAAACAAUGGUUCGAUGAUGAGGUGCGGCAGGGUAAUGGUCCGGGAUUCUUUAUCGGUUCUGCUAGAAAAUUCUUUUAA